AUGGCGCAAGUUCAGAUUCAGGUGCCAGGCCAGAAUGCGAACGGAGCUGCGGUGGGGAACCAGUUCGUGACGACGUCGCUUUACGUCGGCGAUCUGGACGUGAACGUGACGGAUUCGCAGCUGUACGAUGCGUUUAAUCAGGUGGGUCAAGUCGUUUCUGUUCGGGUCUGCAGGGACUUGACGACCCGGAGAUCGCUCGGUUACGGCUAUGUUAACUACAGCAACCCACAAGAUGCUGCAAGGGCACUGGAUGUAUUGAAUUUCACUCCUCUUAAUGGAAAGCCAAUUAGGAUUAUGUAUUCCCACCGUGACCCUAGUCUUCGCAAAAGUGGUUCCGGGAAUAUAUUUAUAAAGAAUUUGGAUAAAUUGAUUGACCACAAGGCAUUGCAUGAUACAUUUUCUGCAUUCGGAAACAUUCUCUCCUGCAAGGUAGCUACAGAUUCCUCAGGCCAAUCAAAGGGCUAUGGAUUUGUACAGUACGACAAUGAGGAAUCUGCGCAAAAGGCUAUAGAGAAAUUGAAUGGAAUGCUAUUGAAUGAUAAGCAAGUUUAUGUAGGACCCUUUCUGCGCAAACAAGAAAGAGACUCUGUUACUAGCAAGACAAAAUUUAACAAUGUCUAUGUAAAGAAUCUCUCAGAGUCUACAACCGAUGAUGACCUGAAGAACGUCUUUAGUGAAUUCGGAACGAUAACCAGUGCUGUAGUGAUGAAGGAAGGGGAUGGGAAAUCAAAAUGCUUUGGCUUUGUGAACUUUGAGAAUGCAGAUGAUGCUGCUAGAGCUGUUGAAGCCCUUAAUGGGAAGAAAUUUGAUGAUAAGGAGUGGUAUGUAGGGAAAGCCCAAAAGAAAUCUGAAAGGGAAGUUGAACUAAAGCUUCGAUUUGAGCAGAGUAUGAGGGAGGCAGCAGACAAAUUUCAGGGAUCAAACUUGUAUGUUAAGAAUUUGGAUGAUAGCAUUGGUGAUGAUAAACUUAAGGAGCUUUUUUCUCAGUUUGGAACCAUAACAUCGUGCAAGGUCAUGCGAGACCCUAAUGGAAUCAGUAAAGGAUCAGGCUUUGUUGCAUUUUCAACUCCUGAAGAAGCAUCUAGAGCUCUGUUGGAAAUGAAUGGAAAAAUGGUUGUCAGCAAACCUCUAUAUGUGGCAAUUGCACAGCGGAAGGAAGAUAGAAGAGCCAGGUUGCAGGCUCAGUUUUCUCAAAUGCGGCCUGUUGCAAUGACACCCUCUGUUGCUCCUAGAAUGCCAAUGUACCCCACAGGUGGGCCUGGUAUUGGACAACAGAUAUUCUACGGUCAGGCACCCCCUGCUAUUAUUCCUCCUCAGCCUGGAUUUGGAUAUCAGCAGCAGCUUGUUCCUGGUAUGAGGCCUGGUGGGGCUCCUAUGCCAAAUUUUUUCGUGCCCAUGGUUCAGCAAGGACAGCAAGGGCAGCGUCCUGGUGGCAGAAGGGGAGGGGCUGUUCAGCAAACUCCACAAGCAGUUCCGUUGAUGCAACAGCAGAUGAUUCCUAGGGGCCGUGUCUACCGGUACCCACCAGGGCGUGGCCUCCCUGAUGUUCCCAUGCCUGGCGUUGCCGGAGGCAUGCUUUCUGUUCCAUAUGACAUGGGCGGAAUGCCACUGCGUGAUUCGACAAUUUCUCAGCCAAUUCCUAUUGGAGCUUUAGCCACAGCACUUGCAAAUGCAACCUCAGAGCAACAGAGGACGAUGCUCGGCGAGAAUCUUUACCCACUAGUGGAACAGCUAGAGCCUGAUGCUGCAGCCAAGGUUACCGGGAUGCUUCUGGAGAUGGAUCAGACUGAAGUUUUGCACUUGCUCGAGUCACCUGAAGCACUAAAAGCUAAAGUGGCCGAGGCUAUGGAGGUUCUGAGGAGUGUUGCUCAACAACAACAGGCCGGUAAUCCGGCUGAUCAACUGGCCUCGUUGUCGUUGAAUGACAACCUCUGAGUUUAUAUGUGAGCAUGUGUUUUUGAGAUACUUAAAAGUAGAUUCCCCUGUAGUUGUGGUUUUGACAUAUUUUCCGAAAGAAUUUGUUUAGUUGAGUAGGUACUGGUUUUGGUGUGUAUACUGCGAGAAGAUAUUUUGAAGAUUGUGACUUCCAUGUUCCUUGCUAUCUUUGCCUUUUGGUUUGGAA